UAUGGCAAGUGAAUAGUGCAGGAGGGGAAGUAGUUAACCAAUUUCCAGAAGCAAACGACCCAAAGUGAACUCAAUCUGUGAAGUCAAAUUUACAGUUUAUUUAUUCAAUUUUUCUUCCAAAGAUCCUUACACGGCUACACUAUGGCGGAAAUUGGCUACCGCCGGCACAACUCACCGGCAGUGGCCGGCCGGUAUUUCAACCAGGUGAAGUAGAAUGCAGUCUGCUCUCUUCCGUAGACCUUUACUCCGAAGAAACCCCCAAUUUCCCUCACCUUAAAUCCGGCCUAAUAAUCCUCACAACUCACCGUCUUAUCUGGGUUCAAGAAUCCAUUCCUUCCGCUACCGCCUUUUUCGUCCCUCUUUCAUCCAUUAGCCACAUCUUCUCCCUCAAAAAAUCAAUCAAGUCUAUGUUCGCCAAUCCAAGAUUACGGUUCCAGCCUUCCAGGCCUCAUUAGGCGAAAAGGGGGAAAAGGGUUAGUGGUAAUUACGUUGAUUCUCAGGGGGAAAUCGGAUGUUGACUCGUUUGUGGAGAAGUUUUGGGAAGCAUGGAGAAAGAAGGGUUAGUUAGAUGGGGUGAAAUCUGGUUCGGGGGGUGAGGGAGGGGUCUGGGUCGGGGGGUGAUGGAGGAUUCGCGGUGAGGAUGCCGGUUUUUGGAGUAGCUGGGAUAUUGAGGAAAGAGCAGGAAAUGUGGGAGAGUACUGAUAAGAGCUUGCAGGAUGCUUUUCAGGAUUUGAAUGCUCUCAUGAAUAAGGCUAAGGAAAUGGUGACUCUAGCAGAGAAAAUGAGAGCAAAGCUUCUCUCUGGCUCAACUAGUCAGGCUACCUGCACAAAUGAUGAGGAAAUUGGAACCAAAGAAGAAAUGCAAGAAUUGCUUUUAAGUGUUGGUAUUGUGUCUCCUGUUACUAAAGAAUCUGCUGGUGCGUUGUACCAUCAACAAUUGUCUCGGCAGUUGGCAGAUUUUGCGAAAAUUCCACUGGAGAGGGCUGGAGGAAUGAUUAAUCUCAUUGACAUCUAUUGCCUUUUCAACCGGGCUCGUGGAACAGAAUUGAUGUCACCUGACGAUUUGCUGCGUGCAUGUUCUCUUUGGGAGAAGUGUGAUGUACCAGUUAUGCUUUGGAAGUUUGACAGUGGUGUCAUGGUCAUCCAGAGCAAAAACCACAGUGAUGAUGAGGUAAAUCAUUUAUAUUGCUUUCAUUGUUUAAGCUUCUCCUUUUUGCAAAUUCAAUUCUUGCUUUUUUGGCUCUUCUCUAAUCUCUCUUAUUACUUCCUAUAUUGCUUUUCUUGAACUUAUUGUAAGGGUCUGUAAUCUUCUAGGUAAUUCUUCUAUUGGGGUCAGAUAAGUUCUUGGUAUUAUAUCUGUCAUCAAUUAUUCCCUCAAGUAGCAGAUACAUGGUUGUAGUCAAUAUACAACUUAUUAGAUAUUUAAUCCAUAGGCAAAGUAUUAAAAGUUAUUGCUGAAGAAGACCAGAACUGAGUAGGCAAACAAGUCUAGUUUACUGUAUUAGUGUGAGUCGGUGUUGAGAGUGUUGAGUUAUAUAAUAUCAAACACAAGGGUAUAAUGGCAAUUAAUGAGGUAUUUAUAGAUCUUGGUGCACUAUAUACAUUGCUUUAAGGUUAUUGGUUUGAUACUCUUAGAUUUUAGAUUCUUUCACAUGGUAAGACCGUCCAUCGGUA